GGAACGGAAAGUGCACGAAUUUUGGGAGUUUUUCCGACACCAUCGUUAAGUCAUCAAAUAGUUUUUCAUGCAUUGAUGAAAGACUUGGCAGCUCGAGGUCAUCAGCUGACUAUUUUGACUACAGAUUUGAUGAAUAUUCAAAAUCUAAAUGUUACGCAAAUUGAUCUUCACGAAAGUUACGAAAUUUUUCGAAGGAAUCUCAAUUUUGUGGAACAUAAAGAAGCUAAAUCUGAUGAAUAUGAUUUAAUGGAAAGUUUCACGAUGAUUUCUAUAAAAUUUAUGGAAUUACAGCUGAGUCAUCCAGAAGUGAAAAAUCUUAUCAGAAAUAGUAAAAAUGAAGGCUUCGAUUUAUUAAUUCUCGAAAAUUUGGGCUACUUCCCAAUGCUUGCUUUCGCUGAGUUAUUUGAUUGUCCAACAAUUGGAAUAACUUCUUUGGACACAUUAAUGGGAAAUCAUGAAGAGAAUGGUAAUGAAAUGAACCCAGUCCUAAUCCCAGAGAUGCUGUUCCCAUAUGAGUUGGGAAAAUUAUCUUUCACAGAAAGAUGGAAAAGUUUACAAUUUUAUUUACAGUCUAAGUUCAAACUUUAUCCAAAAAUUGAAAAACUUCAGGAAGAACUGAUGAAGAAACAUUUCCCAAGUGUGACGAAAAGUAUAAGUCAAAUGAAAGAGCGAGUGGAUUUAAUAAUGACGAACACCCAUCCCGUUAUGGGAUUCGUCAGACCGAUUCUACCGAACACGAUUCAAUUGGGAUUUAUGCACAUUGAAAAGCCAAAACCGUUGGCUGAUGGUGAAUUGAAGAAUUUUCUUGACAACUCCAAGAACGGUGUGAUCUACAUGAGUCUUGGAUCGAAUGUGCAGUCGAAAGAUUUACAUCCAGAAACUCUUUCAUUGUUCAUGAAAGUUUUCAGUAGUUUGGAAUUCGAUGUUUUGUGGAAGUUUGAAGCUGACACUCUGCCAAAUAAACCGAAGAAUGUGAUGAUAUCGAAAUGGUUGCCACAAGCUGAUCUCUUGGCACAUCCCAAAAUCAAACUUUUCAUUACCCAAGGAGGUCAACAAAGCAUGGAAGAAGCUAUUGACCGAACAGUCCCAAUGAUUGUCGUUCCAUUCCUUGGUGAUCAGGAUUCAAAUGCCAAACGAAUGGUUGAGAGAGGAAUCGCCAUCCAUCUUGAGUUGCACACUCUGAAUGAAGCAAAUUUGAUGAAAGCGAUCAAACAAAUCUUGAAACCAGAAUACAAAUCGAACAUUCAAAACCUUCGAACGCUCAUAUACGAUCAACCAAUGUCGAGUAGAGAACGUGCUGUUUGGUGGACUGAAUAUGUCAUCCGACACAAAGGUGCCAAGCAUUUAGCCUAUCCUGGACGAUUAGUUCCGUUUUAUCAGAAAUAUUGGUUGGAUUUCAUAGGCAUUGGAAUGGUUUUAUUGAUUGUCUCGUGGAAAGUUUUAAAACUGAGUCAUCCAGAAGUGAAAAAUCUUAUCAGAAAUAGUGAAAAUGAGAGCUUCGAUUUAUUAAUUCUCGAACAUUUUGGAUACUUACCAAUGCUUGCUUUCGCUGAGCUAUUUGAUUGUCCAAUAAUUGGAAUAACUUCUUUGGACACAUUAAUGGGAAAUCAUGAAGAGAAUGUCGGAACGGAAAGUGCACGAAUUUUGGGAGUUUUUCCGACACCAUCGUUAAGUCAUCAAAUAGUUUUUCAUGCAUUGAUGAAAGACUUGGCAGCUCGAGGUCAUCAGCUGACUAUUUUGACUACAGAUUUGAUAAAUAUUCAAAAUCCAAAUGUUACGCAAAUUAAUCUUCAUGGAGGGUACGAAGUGUUUCGAAGGGAACUCAAUUUUGUGGAACAUAAAGAAGCUAAAUCUGAUGAAUAUGAUUUAAUGGAAAGUUUCACGAUGAUUUCUAUAAAAUUUAUGGAAUUACAGCUGAGUCAUCCAGAAGUGAAAAAUCUUAUCAGAAAUAGUAAAAAUGAAGGCUUCGAUUUAUUAAUUCUCGAAAAUUUGGGCUACUUCCCAAUGCUUGCUUUCGCUGAGUUAUUUGAUUGUCCAACAAUUGGAAUAACUUCUUUGGACACAUUAAUGGGAAAUCAUGAAGAGAAUGGUAAUGAAAUGAACCCAGUCGUAAUCCCUGAGCUUAUGUUUCCAUAUGAGCUUGGAAAAUUAUCUUUCACAGAAAGAUGGAAAAGUUUACAAUUUUAUUUACAGUCUAAGUUCAAACUUUAUCCAAAAAUUGAAAAACUUCAGGAAGAACUGAUGAAGAAACAUUUCCCAAGUGUGACGAAAAGUAUAAGUCAAAUGAAAGAGCGAGUGGAUUUAAUAAUGACGAACACCCAUCCCGUUAUGGGAUUCGUCAGACCGAUUCUACCGAACACGAUUCAAUUGGGAUUUAUGCACAUUGAAAAGCCAAAACCGUUGGCUGAUGGUGAAUUGAAGAAUUUUCUUGACAACUCCAAGAACGGUGUGAUCUACAUGAGUCUUGGAUCGAAUGUGCAAUCGAAAGAUUUACAUCCAGAGACUCUUUCAUUAUUUUUUAAAGUCUUCAACAGUUUAGAAUUCGAUGUUUUGUGGAAGUUUGAAGCUGACACUCUGCCAAAUAAACCGAAGAAUGUGAUGAUAUCGAAAUGGUGGCCACAAGGUGAUCUCUUGGCACAUCCCAAAAUCAAACUUUUCAUUACCCAAGGAGGUCAACAAAGCAUGGAAGAAGCCAUCGACCGAACAGUCCCAAUGAUUGUCGUUCCAUUCCUAUUUGACCAAGAUUCAAAUGCCAAACGAAUGGUUGAGAGAGGAAUCGCCAUCCAUCUUGAGUUGCACACUCUGAAUGAAGCAAAUUUGAUGAAAGCGAUCAAACAAAUCUUGAAACCAGAAUACAAAUCGAACAUUCAAAACCUUCGAACGCUCAUAUACGAUCAACCAAUGUCGAGUAGAGAACGUGCUGUUUGGUGGACUGAAUAUGUCAUCCGACACAAAGGUGCCAAGCAUUUAGCAUAUCCUGGACGAUUAGUUCCGUUUUAUCAGAAAUAUUGGUUGGAUUUCAUAGGCAUUGGAAUGGUUUUAUUGAUUGUCUCGUUCAAGGUGAUAGAAAUGAAAAUAAAAUUUAUUCUGUCUUUAAUAUUUUUUUGUGCAGUCGCAACGGAAAGUGCACGAAUUUUGGGAGUUUUCCCAACACCAUCGUUAAGCCAUCAAGUCGUUUAUCAUGCAUUGAUGAAAGACUUAGCAGCUCGAGGUCAUCAGCUGACUAUUUUGACUACAGAUUUGAUGAAUAUACAAAAUUCAAAUGUUACGCAAAUUAAUCUUCAUGGAGGGUACGAAGUGUUUCGAAGGGAACUCAAUUUUGUGGAACAUAAAGAAGCUAAAUCUGAUGAAUAUGAUUUAAUGGAAAGUUUCUUGUUGAUUGAUUUAAUAUUCAUGGAAGAAUAUUUUAAUUAUCCACAAGUGAAAAAUCUUAUCAAAAAUAGUAAAAAUGAAGGCUUCGAUGUUCUAAUCAUUGAAUCUUUGUAUUACUAUCCAAUGUUUGCUUUCGCUGAGUUAUUUGAUUGUCCAAUAAUUGGAAUUUCUUCUUUGGACACAAUGAUGAUGAAUCAUGAAGACAACGGCAAUGAAAUGAACCCAGUCGUAAUCCCUGAGGUGCUUUUUGCAUACGAACAAGGAAAAUUAUCUUUUUCGGAAAGAUGGAAAAGUUUGAAGUUUUAUUUCCAUGUUAAGUUCAAUCUUUUACCAAAAUAUGAAAAAAUGUGUGAUGAACUUGUUCGUAAGCAUUUCCCAGGAGUGACAAAAAGUGUUCAUGAAAUGAGAGAAAAAAUUGAAUUGCAUAUGACAAACACCAAUCCAGUUAUGGGAUUCGUCAGACCGAUUCUACCGAACACGAUUCAAUUGGGAUUUAUGCACAUUGAAAAGCCAAAACCGUUGGCUGAUGGUGAAUUGAAGAAUUUUCUUGACAACUCCAAGAACGGUGUGAUCUACAUGAGUCUUGGAUCGAAUGUGCAGUCGAAAGAUUUACAUCCAGAAACUCUUUCAUUGUUCUUGAAAGUUUUCAGUAGUUUGGAAUUCGAUGUUUUGUGGAAGUUUGAAGCUGACACUCUGCCAAAUAAACCGAAGAAUGUGAUGAUAUCGAAAUGGUGGCCACAAGGUGAUCUCUUGGCACAUCCCAAAAUCAAACUUUUCAUUACCCAAGGAGGUCAACAAAGUAUGGAAGAAGCUAUUGACCGAACAGUCCCAAUGAUUGUCGUUCCAUUCCUAUUUGACCAAGAUUCAAAUGCCAAACGAAUGGUUGAGAGAGGAAUCGCCAUCCAUCUUGAGUUGCACACUCUGAAUGAAGCAAAUUUGAUGAAAGCGAUCAAACAAAUCUUGAAACCAGAAUACAAAUCGAACAUUCAAAACCUUCGAGCGCUCAUAUACGAUCAACCAAUGUCGAGUAGAGAACGUGCUGUUUGGUGGACUGAAUAUGUCAUCCGACACAAAGGUGCCAAGCAUUUAGCAUAUCCUGGACGAUUAGUUCCGUUUUAUCAGAAAUAUUGGUUGGAUUUCAUAGGCAUUGGAAUGGUUUUAUUGAUUGUCUCGUUCAAGGUUUUAAAAGUAAUCGCGAAGAAAACUUUUAAUGACAAUGGUAAAGUCAAAAGCGAGUAG